AUGUCCAUCGCUAAGAAUGACUCAAUCGUGAUCGUGGGCGCCGGCGUCUUCGGUCUCUCAACCGCCCUAGAACUGAAUAAGCGCGGAUACACCGAUAUCACCGUGAUCGACCGAUUUGUUCCACCCUCAGCAGAUGGAAGCAGUGUUGACAUCUCGCGCAUCAUUCGUGCCGACUAUGCCGACCCAAUCUACUACAAAAUGGCUCGUGAGGCGUACAAGGGCUGGACGACCGAGUACAAAGAUCAAUACUUCGAGUCUGGAUUCGCUCUGUUCUCCGAAACGCCUAAGAACAAGUAUAUGGAGGGUUCAAAGUCCGUUAUCCGGGCUGCGGGUGGGCACUUGGACGAACUCACCGAUGCGUCCGAUAUUCGCAAGCUUUACCCCAGUGUCCAGGCCAAUGUCGCUGGCAUGAGCGGUUAUCACAACCCCAAAGGUGGAUGGGCCAAUGCCGCAGGUGCCAUUCAAAAACUCGCAUCUAAGUGUACAGUCGCCGGUAUUUCUAUCAUCGCUGGUCCCAGGGGUACAGUCACCUCUUUGCGCAAGGCCGGCUCGCGCGUUGUCGGUGUCAACCUUGUCGGCGGACAAGUUUUGCUUGCUUCCCAGGUGAUCCUGAGUACCGGUGCCUGGACGAACCGUUUGCUGAACAUCGGGCAUGCCGCGUCUUCUUCUGGUCAACCUGUUGGAUUUAUCCAGUUGACCGAGGAGGAGGCUCUCGAGUACAAGAAAAUCCCGGUCAUGAUCAACAUGAGCUCGGGCGUUUUCUCAUUCCCGCCUACACCGGAUACUAAUGUUCUCAAGCUUGCGCGUCACGGGUAUGGAUAUGCUACUGAGAUGAAUGUUGAUGUCGAUGGUGAGAAGAAAUCGCUUUCCUCGCCUAAGUUUGAGAGCAGCAAUGCUGCCACUGGAUAUCUGCCUGAUGACGCCGAUGAGUCCCUACGCCAGGGUCUGCGUCAGUUCUUCCCCAAGCUGGGUGAUCGUCCUUGGAUGAACCGUCGGUUGUGCUGGUAUACCGAUACUCCUAAGGGUGACUUUAUUAUCGAUCACCAUCCUACCGUGCAGGGUCUGUUCUUAGCUACUGGUGGUGCCGGACAUGGAUUCAAGUUCCUCCCUAUCUUGGGUCAAUAUAUCGCCGACUGCUUCGAAGGCAAGGCCCCUCAGAACUUGCGUGAGAAGUGGCGACUGAACCUACCCAAGGGUAACGUUAAGGGUCCUAUGGCGGGUGAUGGGAGUCGAGGAGGUCCUCCUUUGAGAAGGCUGAGCCCGUUGGAACAGGCCAAGCUUUGA